AGAGAAUGGAAAGGGACAGUCUCCACUUCUCGUCCACGCCAGCCAGUGUCUGGUCUUCACUCCACUGCUCCAGCCACGGCUCAGUCCACCGAGCUCGCAUCGCACAGCACCGCAGCACUGCCCAGUCGGUCCUUAGCACUCGCCUCGAGCCAGCUACUGCCAACCUGACGGGACUCCAUCGUCAGCCUUCCAACGAACCCCCCCGGAUCUCACCUCGCAACCCUUUUCGCAGCCGCGCGCGCCGACGACACACCUCCGACAUCUGCGCCCUCAUCCAUCGCGCAAUUGUUCCGACCGCAAUCGAUCCACUCCGACUCUGUCGUUUGUCCUCUUCAUCAAUGAGCCACAACUGAGCAUCAUAUACGUCGCCUCGAUCGAUAACUACCCCGCCGGUUCGACUUCGAUAUGUCUGCGACUCCUGUGCCGCCGGAAGACCAGGCACGCCUCUUGGAGGAUGCCCUGGUCGCGGUGCGCCAGCAGACGGCUCUCAUGCGCAAAUGCCUCGACACACCGAGCAAGCUCAUGGAUGCCCUCAAGUGCUGCUCUACCCUAGUUUCCGAGCUGCGCACAAGUAGCCUGGGCCCGAAGCAGUACUAUGAGCUGUACAUGGCCGUCUUUGACGCCUUGCGCUAUCUCUCCGUCCAUCUCCGAGAGAACCACCCCGUAAACCAUCUCGCCGACCUGUACGAGCUCGUCCAGUAUGCUGGUAACAUUAUCCCGCGCCUGUACCUCAUGAUCACUGUCGGCACCGCCUACAUGUCCAUUGCCGACGCACCUGUCAAGGAACUCAUGAAGGAUAUGAUGGAUAUGAGCAGGGGCGUGCAGCAUCCAAUUCGCGGGCUGUUCCUCAGAUAUUACCUUUCCGGCCAGGCCAGAGACUACCUACCGACAGGUGACGGCGACGGCCCCGAGGGCAACUUGUCCGACUCGAUCAACUUCAUACUCACCAACUUUGUCGAGAUGAACAAGCUCUGGGUCCGGCUGCAACACCAAGGCCAUUCCCGGGAGCGCGAACAACGGACAAGAGAGCGGAAAGAGCUUCAGCUUCUGGUUGGAAGCAAUAUCGUCCGACUGAGCCAACUCGUGGAUCUGGAGACGUACAAGUCGGGCAUUCUCGCGCCUCUGCUAGAGCAGGUUGUGCAAUGUCGCGAUGUCCUGGCACAGGAGUACCUGCUCGAGGUCAUCACCCAGGUUUUCCCUGACGACUUUCACCUACACACUCUGGACCAAUUCCUCGGAGCCGUUUCGCGCCUGAAUCCCCAUGUCAACGUAAAAGCUAUUGUUAUCGGCCUGAUGGAUCGCUUGUCCGAUUACGCCGAACGCGAAUCCAAGGACGAGGGAGAAGGGGACCGGGCCAAGCUGGAGGAAGAGGCACUAUCAGCUCUGCUGGAGAAGACAAAAUUGCAGGCCGAGAAGGCAUCAAGUGCGCCAGGCUCCGGUGUGGACGAAAAUGGGAAGCCCCUUGACCUCGAUACAAACGGUGCCGCGCACGAGAGCAGCGAAAACGAAGCCCGCGCCGCAGAGGACCUACCACCGCCAGAAGAGCCAGCUCCUUCGAUUGCCGACACCGAGGCGACUGCCGUCAACGGAGAAGGUGCCGAUGCAGAGAAGGGGAUCCCAGAGAACGUGCAGCUCUACGAGAUUUUCUUCAGCCAAGUCAAAAACUUGGUGGAUGCGCAGCACCUCCCCAUCCCAGACACAAUAGCGUUGCUCUGCUCACUGACAAACCUGGCACUCAACAUUUACCCCGAGAGGCUAGACUUUGUCAACCAGAUUCUAGAGUAUGCCACGAUCAAGGUCCGGGAAAACGCAAACAAUGCCGACCUUCAUUCUCCCCCUGCACAGCAAAGUCUCUUGGCCCUGCUGCAAGCGCCUCUCAACCGCUACCUUUCCAUCUUCACCGCGCUCUCUCUUCCUACCUACGUUCCUCUUUUCCAGUCACAGUCGUAUCCGACUCGCCGCGCCGUUGCUGGUGAGGUCGCUCGCACUCUCCUCCGUGACCAGACACGGAUCUCUACCCCUAGCCAGAUGGAGAAUGUUUUGGAGGUCCUGAAGGUGCUCAUUAAGGAGGGCUCCCAAACACCGUCCAACUACCCAGGUGUUGCACAACGCCGCGCUGUCGAGACCGACGAGACUAUGGAGGAACAAGGUUGGCUGGCCAGAAUUGUCCACCUCAUUAAUGGCGAAGACAACGACACACAGUUCCGUCUGCUGCAAAUGACCCGCAAGGCUUACUCUGAAGGCAACGAGAGGAUCCGCACGACGACACCGCCCCUCAUCACCGCCUGCAUGAAGCUCGCAAGACGCUUCAAGACGCGUGAACACUACGAGGACAACUGGGAGACCCAGAGCAACGCCCUCUUCAAGUUUAUGCACUCUGCUCUGAGCACCCUGUAUACCCGUGUCAACGGAGCCGGCGCGGCGGAGCUCGCCCUGCGCCUGUUCUGCGCGUCCGGUCAGACGGCUGAUAUGACGGGCUUUGAGGAGGUGGCCUACGAGUUCUUCGCUCAAGCCUUCACCGUCUACGAGGAGGCCAUUUCGGAUUCCAAGGCGCAGUUCCAAGCCGUCUGCGUUAUCGCCACGGCGCUGCACCAAACGAGAAACUUCGGCAAGGAGAACUACGACACUCUCAUCACCAAGUGCGCUCAGCACGGCAGCAAGCUUUUGCGAAAGCCGGACCAGUGCCGUGCUGUCUACCUCGCUAGUCACCUGUGGUGGGCUACGCCAAUGGCUGUCAAUGGCGAGGCCGACGAAACUGGGCUGUACCGCGAUGGAAAGAGAGUGCUUGAGUGUCUUCAAAGAGCUUUGCGCGUUGCCGACUCUUGUAUGGAGACGGCAACAUCGAUUGAGCUGUUUGUUGAGAUCCUCGACCGAUACGUCUACUACUUUGAGCAGCAGAACGCAGCGGUCACCACCAAAUACCUCAACGGCCUCAUCGAGCUCAUCCACUCCAAUCUCGCCGGCAACCAGCAGGAUUCGGCCUCGGUCGAGAAUAGCAAGCGCCACUUUUACCACAUCCUCGAAAGUAUUAAGGGGCGGCAGUACGACGGUAUUGUCCUGUACCCGAAAUAAGCACUGGUACUUGGGACCAGUCGACCCGUUCUUGAAGCAAACGGGAGGCAGUUCUCCAAUUACCACAUGACGACACACCAUACGAGAGCAGGGAGAAUGAAAGAAGGAAUUAUGGAGAGGGAACAGACGGGGGUUUCUUAAUUAGCGGCGAUGACAACGAGAGAGGCCAACAUGGGUCGUGAGAAGAGCCUGGUUGAGGCUUUGAAGAUUGGAGCAAAAGGAGAUGAGAGAGGCAGCUGCGUGUGAGAGAGAGAGAGAGUCAAGAAAAAACGUGUUUAUACGAUAAGCGCAUGCAAUGAAUUGGAACAAGACGAAAUCUGUGGUUGUGGUUGUGCACAGAGAGACAAUGGAAAAGCUUUGCAUGUGGCUUGUGGACUUGAUUGUAUAUACGUGUGUCGUGCCUUUUCUCUUCCUACCUUACCUUACUCUUAGUGAAGCGAUCGAAGUUUUCAUCCCCGCCAUAAUCAUCACCCCUCUACAGGAUCAAGGUUGGAGUCGAGAGACGGGCAGGACAGAUUGAUGAUAUUCAUCACGGCACUUGGAACUUCAUCACGAUAAAACACGGG